CCCUCUCAAGAGCUAAUCAAUAAAAUAGUUCAACAGGUGGAGUAUUAUUUUUCUGAUGAGAACAUUGUUAAGGAUGAUUAUCUGAUGAAGCACAUAAAGAGGAAUAAACAGGGGUUUGUUAGUUUGAAGGUCAUUUCAUCUUUUCAUAAAAUGAAGAGGUUGACAAACGACCAUAGAGUCGUAGCCUAUGCAUUAGAACACUCGUCGAAAAAAUUGCAAGUUAGUGAAAAUAAAAAUAAAGUCAAGAGGAUUGAUCCACUGCCGAGGACAUCUGACAAGAUGUCGGCUGAAGAUUGUUCAAAAUCCGUCAUUGCCACUCCAGUUUUGUCCACGUCAGUUGAGGAGCUGAAGAGGUCGUUCGAGAAGUGUGGCAAAGUUCUUAGGGUCAGCGUCUUCACAGACGACAACUUCCCGCCAUGGCUGAAGACCAUUUUGAACAAGAACCGAACCUACCACCUGCCAUUCGCCAUCGUCGAAUAUGACAACAUCGAGUCGGCCGGCAUGGCGAGCAAGGUACUCACGAACACGUCUGAUUGGAGGAGAGGAAUGAAGGUCGAUGUUCUGAUGAAGCCAGCAAAAAAUAAGCCAGAGAGUAAAGAAAAAGAAAAUAAGCAAAAUCUAGGCGAUCCUGUGAAACCUCAAAAGAAGAAGAAGAAAUCGAAGAAGAAGGACCAGCAGGCAGCAGCUCACCGGAUUGCUGAACUUCAAACGACGAUAUCUAGUAGUGGUUCCGACCUUGACAAGACCACCACUGGCACUCAAGUUCAACCGGAUCGGGGUGGCAUCCCAAUCCCCACCUCUCCAAGGCAGAACAUCAACUACAGCAAAUCAUUCGGUUGCAGUCCCACAAAAUCGGGAGCUCAUCAGCACAGUCAACCACAACAUCUCAUUCCUGCAACCAGGCACGGAGGGCUGGCAAAAUCACCCCUGACCUACGAACUCGAAGAUGGAACUCGUUUGAGGUCAAGUUCCUUCGGCCCUCUCUCAUCCAGUCCUGGCAGGUGGCUUCAGAAAAAACUUCAAGUAGGUGGUAGUGGUGGUGGUGGAAGUGCAAGUGCCAGCAUAACAACUGUAGUUACUGCUGGCUUGACUGGUAGCAGUGAACACUAUUUAUCUGCUGCCGCAACCACCAACACCGCUACCAAGGAGGAACAGAAAACUGAAUUUUCGCACAAGAAAUUCACAGAAGGGCUGAUAAGGAUGCCUAGAGGACCUGAUGGUACCAGGGGGUUUCGUUUGAAGAGGACCAUAGUCCAGUAAUGUGAUAGUUAUGCUAUUGUACAUUUUUUAUUUAUUGAUCGACUUCUUCAUCUGAUAUCUAUGUGAAU